CCUCUUUCCCUGCUUGCUUUCUAGCGGCCGCCCGGGCCAUGGGGCUGAAGAGCGCCCAGAAGGCCCUCUUCCCGCUGCGCUCGGUCUCCGACGUGGUGCGUCUUUUCGAACUCGAGCUGCGCCGGGAGGAACCGGACCUGGUCCUGCUGUCGCUCGUCUUGGGCUUCGUGGAACAUUUCCUGGCGGUCAACCGGGUCCUGCCCACCAAUGUCCCAGGCAUCAGCUUCGAACCCGCGCAAGGGCCCGACAGCCUCACCUACUUCCCAGUGGCCGACCUGAGCAUCAUCGGGGCCCUCCACGCCCGGUUCACGGCCCAGAUCCGCGGGGCCGUCGACCUCUCCCUCUACCCCCGGCCGGACGGCUACUCCUCCAGGGAACUGGUCAAGAAGGUCUCGGACGUCAUUUGGAACAGCCUGAGCCGCUCCUACUUCAAGGAUCGGGCCCAUAUCCAGUCGCUGUUCAGCUUCAUCACAGGUACCAAACUGGACAGCUCCGGCGUGGCCUUCGCAGUGGUGGGAGCCUGCCAGGCCCUGGGGCUGCUGGACGUCCACCUCGCCCUCUCUGAGGACCACGCGUGGGUGGUGUUCGGCAAGGACGGCGAGCAGACGGCGGAGGUCACGUGGCACGGGAAAGGGAAUGAGGACCGGCGUGGCCAGACGGUCAACUCUGGCGUGGCGGAACGGAGCUGGCUGUACCUGAAGGGCUCCUGCCUGAGCUGCACCCGCCAGAUGGAGGUGGCCUUCAUGGUGUGCGCCAUCAACCCGUCCAUCGACCUCCACUCCGACAGUUUGGAACUGCUGCAGUUGCAACAGAAACUGCUGUGGGUUCUCUAUGACUUGGGCCAUUUGGAGAAAUACCCGAUGGCGUUAGGGAACCUCGCCGAUCUGGAAGAGCUGGAACCCACCCCUGGCCGACCGGAUCCCCUCUACUUGUAUCACCAGGGUAUCAAUUCAGCCAAAACGUACUACCACAACGAGCAUAUCUACCCGUACAUGUAUUUGGCCGGCUACCACUGUCGCAACAAAAACGUCAAAGAAGCCCUGGAGGCUUGGGCCGACUCCGCCACCGUUAUCCAGGAUUAUAACUACUGCCGAGAGGAUGAAGAAAUCUAUAAGGAAUUUUUCGACGUCGCCAACGACGUGAUUCCCAACUUGCUUAAGGAGGUGGCCAGCCUGGCAGACGCGGCGGAGGAGAAAGGAGCGGGUGAGAGGGGAGAGGCUUCGCCCUCUCCAGCGGGUGGAUCAGCCCUGCAGGACCCCGAGUGCUUCGCCCACCUUCUCCGUUUUUACGACGGGAUCUGCAAGUGGGAAGAGGGCAGCCCCACGCCGGUCCUCCACGUGGGCUGGGCCACGUUCCUCGUCCAGUCCCUGAGCCGUUUUGAUGGCGCGGUGCGGCAAAAGGUGACCCUGGUGAGCCGGGAAGUGGAUGCGAAUGACGACGACGACCAAGGUAGCGAAGACCCCCGGGAGGGCCGGCGGAGGGGCCCUCGCCGGGAAUCCAAGCCAGAGGAACCGCCUUUACCUAAGAAGGCCACCGAGCGCCGGCGACCGAGUUCCGGCCAGCGGAUGGACCGCCCCCCGCCGGAGAAGGACGAGGGCCCCGCCAGCGGUCCCAGCCCUCCUCCAGAAGGGCCGGUGCUGACCUUCCAGAGCGAGAAGAUGAAGGGCAUGAAAGAAUUGCUGGUCGCUGCCAAGAUCAACUCCAGCGCCAUCAAACUGCAACUCACGGCGCAGUCCCAGGUGCAGCUGAAGAAGCAGAAGACCUCCGCCCCUCGCGAUUACACUCUGUCCUUUCUCAAGAGGCCGCGCAAGUCUCUCUGAGUUCCACAGGCACCGGGAUGGCUCGGUGCCCGCCUGAGGACCUCACCACCACUACCCGUGGGCUCUCUGUAGUGUGGGCAGCCAUUUCUCUCCUUGAACAAAUCGGCAACGAGGCUUCCGGGCUGUCUUGGUCGACCAAACGAGGUUGUGGCGAAUUUUUGGCCUCCCUCUCUCCCCACUUGCGAGCGAGAGUCGGAUCCUGGGAACAACAAACCAACCCAGAGAUUUGGAGUCCUCAUUCAGGCAAGACCCCGGAGGAGCUGGCUGUUCCGCUCGCAUUCCUCGCUGGUGGCCUUGGCCGCUUCGGGUGCCCAUGGGCUUCUCCGCCCCGAGUUCGAGGGUCGCCAGGGUGCCUCGGAAGCCGGAGCCAGGGAGGAGCGCCGUGCGUAGUGGUAGAAGUGAUUUCGGUUUGUCUCAUUCUCCCCACCACCUCUGUUUAUACACCCCCUUUCAAUGUCCAGGGUUAGCUCUUGUACGGAUGGCCGUACAGAGAUUUCCGAAGGGUUUCUUGAGUUAAUAAAGUUUGUGGGGUUCCCUUCCUCCCCCCCAUAUAAAGAGUUUCUUUGGAUUGUUA